CUUUACACUUCAGAUUCAUACGGAAAAAUGGAGAAUACCUACAAAUCUAAACAAUACGGAGGACAUUCAAACCUCAGCAGGCUUUUGUUGCUGCUGUUUCUGGCAGGCCUUCAGCCAGUACUGUCUUCAGAUGAAGAGACCCCUGGACUAGAUGACGAUGACGACAACGAGGAAGCAGUGAAAAUCAGCUGUAAAAUUGUUGGUCCGGACUACGUCACUGUGGGCGUGCCAAGCAGCGUUGAAUGUUUUUCCAACUGCCUGAUGAUGAAAACUGCAUGUAGCUAUUCUAUGUCUUUGGAUGGACAGAUUGCCCAGGGUCAGGGCAAUGUGCUAGCCUUCACUGUUAACAAUUGGGUGGAGGCCUUAACAGUGACAUGUACAGCCACAGUUGAAGAUACAGGGCUAACUGCGACGACAACAAAGCAACUGCAAGUGUUAGCUGGACCUGCCAAUGUUUCCAUCACAGGCCCCGAUCUAAUGAAUCCAUCAGUGAGCCACACCUACAGUUGUCAUGCCUACUGUCGGCCAUCUUGUAUCUAUGCCUGGAAGACAGAUAAAGGCCCAUGGAUAGGUGGUCAAGGGAAUGUUAUUUCAGUCACUCCUCAGGAGAUGGACAACUCCAAAAUGCUCAUUUGCAAAGCUACCAAUAGUGUGUCUGGGCUGUUUGACACUGCUACUCGGAACAUAGCUGUAGCCUCUGGUCCAUCUGAGGUUCAGAUCAAAGGCCCCGAUGUAAUAGAAAUUGCAAAAAAGCACAAGUUUGUGUGCACUGCUGAAUGUCUGCCUUCUUGUCGCUACGUGUCGUCUGUGGACAGCCAGACUGUGAGGGGCAACGUGAUUGAGAUAGCGGUGGAUUAUCCGCUUAAAUCUGUCACUCUCAGGUGUGAGGCACAAAACACAGCUUCAAGGAGGACAGCUACAGCCGUAAAGACUGUACAAAUAGCAGGGUCAGAUCGCAACCUGUCCACUCGUCCUGAAGCGACCUUAGCUGUGCUGCUGCUGGCCUUCAUCAUUUCUGGUGCCUUCACACUGAUGUGAUCCAGCUGCAGACAGAUCUUUCUUUCUCAGAUUGAAUGUGUGAUGAAGAAAGGUCGGUGAAUUGUGGAGAAUUAAUGACUCAUGUACCGGUUAUCUCACGCUGCAUACUAUCCUUUUCCAUUCGUGUUGACAGUGGGCUGAACCCCUGUUUGCACUUUCUAGUACGAGGCGUGGAAAAGCACUUGGUCAUCGAAGUGUGCAUAUGGGAUGUUGGAACUGAGGAGUUGUGAAGAUAUGUGGAAGAUUCUUCCACAUUGAUACAUUUGAAAUGUAAUCUAUACAUAAAUAAAACGAUGACUUUUA